CAAUGACUGUUAAGAUUUUGAUGUAUCAACUCUGCAAAGGAAUUUCAUUCUGUCAUGGUCAUGGAGUGUUGCACAGGGAUCUUAAGCCUCACAAUCUUUUAAUGGACCGCAAGACUAUGAUGCUAAAAGUUGCCGAUCUUGGACUCAGUCGUGCUUUCACCAUUCCCCUCAAGAAAUACACGCACGAGGUCACAUAUCUUUUAGCUUGUAUUGGAAAGCACAGCAUUUGAAAAUACCUAGCUUUCCAGUUUUCACGGCAAAAUUUGUUUGAAUGUAAGAUAUCUGAUAUGACAUUUUCCUUAAGUGUUUAGUCACUGCAGAACUUAUCUGAUAACCUAUGCUUGUGGUCUAAUUCUACAUUUCAUCUCUUAAAAACUAGUUUUUCUUUGAGUUUUCU